AUGGCUCUGACACCAGCGGAAAAGCAGCGUCGGUAUAGGCUGAAGUUGAAGCUGGACCCCGUAAAAAAUGAUGAAGCUAAAAGAAAACACCUUGAAAGAUACCACGCCAAAAAAAAACUAGUGAAAGAUAUGACUGAGCGAGAGCAUAGAGCUGCUAAACGUAGAUGGAAGAUUGCAAAUAAGAAACGGCGAGAACGACAAAAAGCUGCACAGCAACUGGUAGAAAACACGCCGCCUUUCACACCACGUUCAGGAACUCCAGAUUCUCCCAGGUGUAGAAGCCGGAAACGGGUGAGGCGCGACCAAUCUGCGUUAUAUAGACAGAAUGUGAAAUUACAGGAAGAACUGGAAAGACUAAAAAAGAAGUGUAAUAAGUACAAGAAGAGGUAUCAAAGGGCGACAGCCUAGGAUCAAUCCUGAUAACACUAAAUAUUCUACAUUAUCAAAUGCUAUUAGGGUUCAUUACACAGGACUGACAACAGUAAAAGAAAAGAGAGCUCUAAGACAAGUUUCCCACGGAGAAGCCAUAUCAAAG